CAUCCACCCACAUAAUACCGGAUGAACUUGACAGAAUGAACGGGAAACGUUUGCAAGUUUCUUCCUCCUGCUGCAGCCGUUAAAUUAGAAUUUUAGUUCACCACUAUUUCAUCAUCAGUUUAUUUAUUUCUUCACAAUACGGAAAUACGACAAACUGAGUCAUGUGAGGACAUAUCCUACGAAACGCGUGAAAUCACCGAGGAAACACGUUCAGCCUGUUGAUGUCCGUUACAGCGUAAACAUGUCGGAACCGAGAGUAAAGCGAAUAAAAAAGUGCCUUCCCCUCUGUAAAACUCAUAUAUCUUCUGCUGGGAGUCUAGCGAGGCAAAACUUCCCGACUGUUGUGGAGGAAAGUCUGUGUGGAGUUUCCACUUUGCUUAUGGAGGUCUCUUACAGACUGGAAGCGCUGGCCAAAAUCUUUGAGCAGAGUGAUCUGGCUCUGCCCAGAGUGUCUGCGUAUUUUCAUCAGGAAUCAGUGAAGGAACUAGAGCGGGCCGAGGCAAUGCUGCAGUAUCUGUCCCAGCGCGGAGGAAAAUACUGCAGUAAGAACAUCCAGAGGCCAGGCACUGAAGAGGUGUGUGCCGUCCUUCCUGCUCUGGAGAUCAUGCUUAACCAGUGGAAGGAGGAGAUGAGCAUCAUGCUGGAGCUGAAUCAGCUGGCGCAUGAGUAUGGAGAUCCACACACCGCCAGCGUAAUCAAAAGUCAGUUCAUCCAGCCCCUCGUCCCAAAGGUCAAACUCAUCGGUGACCUCUUGACCAGUGCUCGCAGAGUGGGCUGCACCAGUGACAGCACGGGUGGCUAUGGCGAGUACCUCAUCGACCGGCUGCAAGAGACCUCUUAGACUUCCUCUUUGUUAAUCAUUUAGGAACCAUGUUUGCACUGUAAAAAGUGAUUAUUCAAAGUAGUAAAAAAACACAAAGAUUAUUGGAGUACCUUUUACAAGAAUAACCUAUUUCAUCUUAAUAUUUCAACUUAAUUAUUCCAUUUCAACUGAAUAAUUUUGUUUAAUUCAGUGUGUAACUUGCCAUUUCUUUGUAAUUAUUUGUGAAAUUGACUAGCCUAAUAAUGUUUCAAAGUAAAUCCUACACCUACUUUUUUGAGUGUGCGUCUUAUUACAUAUUACAUAUGUCUGAGACAGAUUAAAUAUUGGUCCAAAAGAAAAAAUUAAGUGCAUAAAUGCACUCACAAUAGUGCCAGUUUUGUAUGUAACAAGUCUCUCCAGUUGUAGGUGUUUUAAUGUCAUUCCAGUAAAAUCAACGUAAUCUUUAGUGAUAGUAAGCCGAAUAAGAGUUUAAACUGCAUUGUCGCAUCUCUCUCUCGCUAUCUCUCUCUCUCUCUCUCUCUCUCUCUCUCUCAUUUUAUUUUAUUAUUAUUAUUAUUUUGUAGUGCUUCACAAAUAUAUAUGGAACACUGCAUUGCUCUGUUUAUCAAUUUCUGUGUGUGAGAAAUUUAUUUGUAUUUCUUUUUAAAACCCUACUUUUGAAGUAAAUAUAUAUUUAACAUUUGCAUGUCUUUGUUUGGUGAGCAUUACUUCAAGUGAAAAUAACAAUAGUAUUUUUUGGAAAAUUAAAUAUUUUACUAUAUUUUAGAAUAUUUGACCUUGUUUUUUGACUUCUGAAUGUUAUCCUGCACUGUUUUUAAUAAACACAAAAUGUAUAUGUGUA